GGGGGACCAGCCUUGGAAUUACCCUAAAACCUUUUAAUCUUUUCCUCAGAAUUUUUCUUAAUAAAAUUCCUACAAUUUCUAGGCUUCCCAGAAAUUUGGCCUUUGUAUGCCCUCUUUUUUCACUAGUUCCUCCCAAAAUCAAUCCUUUUUUGCUUCAUAUACCUUGCCGAAAAUAUAGUAUAAAGGAAGAUCGGGGAGGAAAUAAAAGAGACAUACAAAAUUCAAAAUUCCCGUCUUCUCAAAAACACAGCUUUUUGGUUUACAUUUUAAAUCCCUAUUCAGAUCAGAAAAUUACAUCCAACAAUAAAUUCUAUUCAUUUGGGAUGCGAUGAGGCCUGGCAUAUUGCUGAAGAGAAAUUAUGUAAAAAGCAACUAGUUAAAACUUUCGAAAAUUCAAAAGAAAGGUUGAAGCUGGAUCAUAUAACAAAGUCUGAAAGUUAAUUUUAAACACCCAAAAAUAAAGAAAUUUUAAAUUCAGAGUAGCGAGAAUUGCCAAAGACGAGUUUUCAUUUGAACGAGUGUAUACUUGGAAUGACAUGGUUUGAAUUAUUUUAAUUUUACUUUGACAAUAGUGUCGUUUGUGUGCACAUUUUUUAGGUUCCCCAAUUUCUUUUUUAUUGAACCAAUUUGCUACAAGUCAAGAACGUUACUUUUUGCGAUAAGUGCCUAGCUCACAAUCAGAUCUUUAGAAUCCACGGUCCUGUAUUGUUUUUAAAAAUUUUUCGGCAUUCGGUCCUCCAUAAUUCUCAAAAAUUUCGGCUGCGGCGUAUACAUGUGGUCCCCCUCUCCCCGCCUGGCCCUCUCCCUCGAAAAUUUUUCCUGGCUAUGUGCCUAGUUCUAACACACAGAAAUGAGUACUUAUCGCCAAUGAGUAUGUCGUGACUACAGAAAUUUGAAUAAAAAAAAGAGAUUUGGUGAAUAGUGGGAAAUAUCGCACACAAACAACAAUCUAUUACCUUAAUUUUUAAGUUUGACAAAAUAAGUGUUCAAUUGAUGAAGGAAUUCAAGAUGGGUGAAUUAGUAAUUCCAAUGGUUUGGGGUUAUAUUCCUGAUGUAACUUUUCCUGGUUAUUUCCCUGAUGGAUUAUUUGAGCGUUUAAGUCAGGUUUUUGAAGAAGUUAUGUUUGCAAGUGCAUUUAAAGGAGCAAAUGGAAUUGUUCAACAAUUUGCUGAUGUUGGGCAUUAUACAAGCAAUUUGGCUUCCUAUAAGAAACUUUAUUAUCAACAUGAAAAGGUUAUUUUUAAACAUGUUAGAGGGUUGGAUCUUCUAGGAAAUGGCAGUUCUUUAAAGGCUUCUCUUAGCCUUUGCAAAUGCUGUACCGACUGAGCUACUGCGUAGACAAAUUUCCUUUAUAUUUGCCUUCUUAUUUUUUACCCGCGUCUGUUAAAAUCUGCCUGAUAUGGUCUCUCGUUGAACUAGAGAGGCCAAAAAUGUCGG